AUGGAAUUUGAACAUGAAGCAUUGCUUUUUCACAAGAACAUACGAUGGCUGUCAAAGGGGAACAUGCUUGGACAGCUUUAUGAACUACAAGAAGUAGCAAUAUUUCUAGAUUUGCUGCAGAAGGCAGAUCUCCAUGACAAGUUCCAGUCUGAAGGUUUUCAGCUAUCUCUAGCUUAUCUAGUGGACAUCUUCGAAGCAUUGAACACUCUCGACCUUAAACUACAAGAGAAAAACAUUAAAAUUUUCACACACCAUGACACCAUUCGAACCUUCAUGGCCAAACUUGACCUCUGGAAAUGUCAUAUCCAGCAGGGAAAUACUGCAAGUUUUAGUUACUUGGAUUCUGCUCUCAUUCAUGGUAACCUUAAUUCUGAGUUAAAGAAACAAAUAACCACUCAUCUAACUAACUUGAAAACAGAAUUCAUCAGAUACUUCCCAGAUAUAGAUGAAAAAAAGUGUGAAGCUUGGAAAUUCAUCAAGAACCCAUUUCAGUGUGAAGUGACUGAUGUUUUGGAUGAAGUGCAAGAGGAGUUUCUUGGGCUGAAGUUCAACUCCCCAGCUAAGGAAGACUUCAAAGAACUGGAUCUUGAAACAUUCUGGGUCGAUUACCUUCCUGUUUACCCUCUGAUCUCACAUUAG